AAGGCAUGUUGAAUCCCAUCCGCGACACCGGGAUAUCGGUUGCUUAUGAGCCCGAUAAUGGCUCGCCUAUCGUCGAUAUCGUGUUUGUCCAUGGCCUACAGGGCCAUCCAUCCAAGACAUGGACCUACCACCCCAAGGCAACCAAUGCAGGAGGCAAGACAAAAAGAAAGAGCAUCAUACGCCGUCUUGCCAAUCAUUUGUUUCGAACGUCAUUCAGCACGAAAAACUUCACUGCCACACCGUCUCUAGACAACAAUACUCAGCUCAACCCUAUAUUCUGGCCUAUCGACCUGAUCUCCAAGGAUUGCCCCGACUCGCGCAUACUCAUGUUUGGUUAUGAUAGCAAGAUUACAAAGUACUUUGGAGGCGCGACAAAUCAGAACGGUAUUUUCUCGCAUGGCAAGGAUCUGCUGUUUGCCUUGUAUAGAGAAAGACAUUCUGACCGGCCGUUGGUGUUCGUUGCUCACAGCCUUGGAGGGAUUAUUGUCAAACAAAUGCUCGCGGAGUCAGAUUCGCUCUUGGAGACCCCAUUCAGAGAGGUCGCCAAGUUCACUAGAGCAGUUAUCUUCUUGGGCACACCACAUCGGGGGAGCCAGGAUGUCGCGGCUCUCGGGGAAGUAAUGCGAUCUGUCGUCAGCGCUCUAGGCAUGGAGACAUCAGCUGUGAACCUUCAUGCUCUUGGUCUGAAGACCUCGGACUUGGAGAGGGCGCAAGAGGAUUUCUCCAAGGUAUGGCAGAAGUACAACUUUCGGGUCAAGACCUUUCAAGAAGGGCUCAGCUUUGCAAAAUUCGGGAAGAAGGUGGUCCCAGAUUACUCCUCACUGAUUGGAGACCAUCGCGAGUAUGCGGAGACGCUACAAGCCAAUCAUUUGGAAAUGUGUCGGUACUCGGGAAGAGAUGACCCAAACUACCAUAAAGUAGCUGGUGAGCUUCAUAUGAUAUACCGCUCUAUUGAGAGAUGCAACAGGAUCGAAACACCUCCAAGCCGCCGGAUGCAACAACCUUCGAGGCUCCUGAGUGACAGCUCUUCAAAUGAACCAGUCUUUGCAGCCGGCUCCAACCAAGUCAGCGAUGCCUGCCUCGAGUCUCUGUGGUUCCCAGCCAUCAACAACCGGGUCCAGAACAUUGAGAGCCCGGCCCAUCGGACCUGUUCAUGGUUAUUCGCACACCUGGAGUAUGAAGAGUGGUUCAACAGCAGAAGUAGGCACAGAAGCCACGGCCUUCUCUGGCUGAAAGGAAAGCCAGGUGCGGGCAAGUCCACUCUGAUGAAGGAGGCAUUUGGCCGCUCCAUUGCGAUGCAAGCCACAUCCAGUUACAGCACGGCCGCCCACUUCUUCUGUGCCAAAGGGGUUGAGCUUGAACACACGAGCAUUGGCCUUUUCCGCUCCCUGCUCUGCCAGCUUCUGCCUGGAGACAGGCCAUCUCUCCAACGUUUCCACCAAUACUGCAACAAGGCCAAGCUCCCAUUCAAGAGCCAUGGACAAACGGCAAUGACUAUUGCUUGGGAAGAGGCAGAAUUGCGGCAAUUGUUGAAGUCAGUUCUACUCAAUCAGGCAAAGAGGACUAUUAUCUUCAUUGAUGCUCUCGAUGAGUGUGAUGAGGAUAGUAUACGUCCACUUGCGUACUUUUGGAGGUCAAUCACCAAAGCUGCCCAUGAUCUAGGCCAUGAUCUCAAUGUUUGCCUUUCCAGCAGACAUUUCCCCACCAUCUCGCUGAGUGAUUGUGUGGAAAUAGUAGUUGAACAGCACAACGGCGAUGACAUUGCAAGUUACGUGGAUCAAAAGUUUCAGAUAUGUAUGUCUGCACAGAGGUCGCACUGGGAGUUCUUGAAGCGAAAGAUUCUGGAAAAGGCUGCUGGAGUCUUCCUUUGGGCCGUUUUAGUGGUGGAAGAUGUGCUAAAGAAUUGGGACAAUGGUAGCUCGCUGCCAGCCCUGAUUCAGCGCCUGAGAGAUGUGCCAGAAGCAUUGGAGAGCCUCUUCCGGAAGUUGUUUUCCGACCUGGAACCAAGCACAAGACAGUUGACGGCCCGGUUCUUUCAGUGGGCUGUUCUUGCGACGAAACCACUUCGCCUCCACGAAUGGCACCAUAUAAUGGCCUUCAUUCGACAGCCUGCGCCAGCAGCGUUUGGGUCACUCGGAGAAUGGCGCCAGUCAGUCCAUUUCACCGAGAGCGACGAACAGCUUGAGAAGCAAAUCAGAAGUCUGUCAAGGGGCCUCGUGGAGAUUAGUAAAGCCUGGACGAGUGUGCCACAAAAGGCGGAAACCGAAGUCAUAUCUAUGUGUGCAGGAGCAGGAUCGCUCGACUUGGAACAUGGCGACUCCAGGGUCGUGCAGGUUAUACACGAAUCGGUGCGUGACUUCUUUCUGAGAGGCAAUGGAUUCUCUGCGCUUGAUUCCAGCCUACAGAACCAUCCGAUCGGCAAUGGCCAUCUGGCAAUAAUGACCACCUGCCUGGAUUACGUCCAUAUCUCCGAGCUAGAUGCCCUCGUCAAAGCCCGA